AUGUGGCCUUUCUCCUCGGCCGACUGCGAUGCCGCCGACGGCUGCGCGGCGCCGAACCCCAACGCCAUGACGGCCUCGACGAUGCUCUCCCUCGCGCCCUUUGUCGCCUGCUUCGUCGUCGUCAACCUCGUCGUCGUCCGCCACCUCUACCCGAAGCUCAACGCCGCCCACGACGCCUCCUUGGACGGCGAGGGCCACGUCCUGCCCUCGCACGCGCCCGCCGAGCUGCGCCUGGCCCACGACGACCACGGCAACCGGAGCUGGCGACGGCGCGGCGUCGCCUGGACCUUUGGCGCCACCGUCGCCCUCGCCGCCACCCUGGCGCUCCUCAUCCUCACCGAGAUCAUCGAGAUCGUCGAUGCAAAGGCGAGGAACCUCGCCCUCGCCGUCGCCGUGCCCGCCCUCCUCGUCCUCCUCGUCGCCGUCGUGCCCUGGCUCGAGUGCCGGGCCCUCGUCGUCGGCGCCGGCUGGAGCUUCCGGACCAAGUCGAGGGGCCGGGUGCCGACCUUUGCUUGGGCCCUCCAGCUCCUGCUCUUCGCCGCCUGGCUGUUCGCCUUCUGGUUCGUCGGCAAGGCCGUCCCCUCCUCCGCCGCCCCCACGGACCUCCGGGGGCCGAACCUGUCGGAAACGCUGACGAGGGCCUGCCUCGAGAGGGUCGGCGUCGUCGGCAUCGCCCUCAUGGCCAUGCUCGCCGGCUUCGCCUCCGUCUCCUCGCCGUGGCACACGCUGACCGAUGCCGCCAUCCAGAGGCGCAGGCCCGUCAGCGACUUCGACGUCAACAGGAAGCAGGUCGGGCUCGACUCCACCAACGAGAUGCUGUCGGCCAAGCGCUACAAGCUGCAGUUCCUCGAGAAGCGGGCGUCCGAGCCGUCGCAGCAGUCCGACGGCCUCAUGGGCAAGGUCCUGGGCUCCCUCCGGGGCAUGUCGGGCGUCGAGGCCGAGAUGAGGGCCCUCCGUCUCGAGGUCGCCGGCCUCGAGACCAUGGAGGCCAACCUGUCGGCCAACCUGUCGCUGAUGCGCACCCGACGCGCCGCCGCCGAGCGUGCCUCGACCCCCGUCGGCCGUCUCCUCCUCAUGCCGUCGUACGCCUUCAGCCUCUACUGCCUGUACCGCAUCGUCGCCACCGCCCUCACGACCCUCCGCCGCGCCUCCUCGCCGUCGGCCAGCUUCUCGAGCACCGAUCCCGUCAGCCGUUUCCUCGGCCUCCUCGCCCGCCACUGGGACCCCAAGCUGGACCAGCUCGCUUGGGCCCGCACCAUCAGCUUCGCCCUCAGCGGCGUCAUCCUCGUCGCGAGCGGAAACAGCGCCAUCCAGACCUUUCACCUCUUCGCCAAGUGGACCCCCGGCCUGCUGCGGCACGCCCGCGCGAAUCUCGCUCUCGCCGUCGGCCAGCUGGCCGCCACCUACACCAUCUCCUCGAGCUUGCUGCUGAGGAGUCAGCUGCCCGCCGCCGCCGGCGGUGCCGCCGUCGGCGGCGUCCUCAGGGGUGCCCUGAGCCCGAACUUUGUCGACGGCUGGUUCGAGGGCUGGUUCCUCGCCGGGAGCGCCCUGACGGCACUGGGCAUCUGGGUUGGCCGCAAGCUCGAGGGGGACGACUGGGACGAGUACGGCGCUGAGGCCAUGGGUGCCAAGCGGAUGUGA